CUUCUAUUUAACCUCCCUACUCAUUUCUCCUUUUCUCCAAGGAAAAAAAAACACAAACCCUCUAAACCUCUAUCUCUAGAGCCUAGACUAUCUCUGCUUUUCCAUUUCUCUCAAUCAGCACACCCAUCACUCUCUGUAAUUAAUCUUGAAUAGCCAUGGAAGAGAUGAUGAAGCCACAAAACACAACAUGUCUGUCUAAAAGAUUUCGCCAUCAACACCAUCAACAACAACAACAACAGCCUCAACCUAGACUAGGCAUGCACACAGAUUCACAUGUCAUCUCAAAAUUCACCAUGAAACCCAAAAUCAGAAUAGUUCACAUAUAUGCACCAGAGAUUAUUAAAACAGACGCCUCAAAUUUCAGAGAACUCGUUCAGAGACUAACAGGAAAACCUUCACCAUCAGAUCGUAACAACAAGAAAUCUUUUAGCAAGAAGAGACCAGCAGCCAGAAGUAGUAGCAGUGCUGAUACAAGUUCUGAUGUAAACGGUAGUUAUCAUCACCAUGUUGGUCAUGAAGUUUCAAUAAAACCCAACUUAUUCUACAACAAUCUGCAGACAACAAUAGCAAAUACUACCGAUGAAUCAAGCUCAGGUCUUCAGAGUUCAGGGCUUCAGAGUUCUGAUUAUGGUUCUCAUGGAUCAGUGUUAAAGGAAGAAGAAGAAGAAGUUAUCUGGGGAGGUGAUAAAGGUUUCUUUACUGAUUUUGAAGGUUUAAUUCGAGGAAUUGGAUUGACUACCCAUUUGGAUAUGUUUGGUGAUACUACUACUACUAGUACUUAUGAUCGUUCUUAUGCAGUUUAGUCCUUGACUAUGGUGGUGAGCUAAUUAAAUUUCUUUGAUUGGGUUAUUGUGGGAUUUGGUUAUUUUUGGAUGAGUUCUUUUUUUGUUAAUUGUUGGUUUUAAUUUCUUCUUCUCCUCUUUAGAUGUUCUUGACGGGGAAAGAAUUAAUCUCCCAUUACACCCCCUCUCCCCCUUAUUAUAUCUCUAACCAUUUCAUUGCUAGAGGUUUAAUUCUGCUGUAAAUAAUUAUAUGUAUGAGAGUUUUACAUAAUACUUAAUUAUGGGUGAGAUGACUUGUUAAUCCUUAUAAUUUCAAUUUUAUGCAAUUACAUUAUCUCA